AUGACGACAGACGAGGUCGGACCCGUAAUAGUUGAGCGAAUUUUCAACAGUGAACCUCUAUUAUACAAGGAGGACCCUGAGAAGUACAGUAAAGAAUUUAUUCCCAAAAUCAACAAAUACCGUGAAGAGAUAAAAUGCAAUAUUCCACCGGAAGCAGUUCUAAGCCCAGGUAAGGUCGACAGCGAUCUGAUCAUUCCUGAAGAUUUCGAGGAGAUUGCUUUCAAAGAUGGAAUGAAGGUGGCCGCGAAAACCAAGAUUUUAACCGAAAAAGAACUUGAAAUUGUUAACCUCACUGCAGUCGAAAUUGUUGAUGCUAUUGCAAAAGGUGACCUUAGUGCAGUCGAAACUAUUACUGCUUUCAUCAAGCAGGCUGCUAUUGCUCUUCAAAUCACUAAUUGUGCUAUGCAGUUUUUCCCCGAAGAGGCAUUGGCCAGGGCCCGCGAACUGGAUGAGUACUACAAAAAGACAGGAAAAACUGUCGGUCCAAUGCAUGGGCUCCCAAUGUCCUUAAAAGAGCAUUAUGGUUUCAAAGGCAAGACUACAAAUGCCGGAUUUGCAUCGAUGAUCGAUCACUUCACGGCAGAUGAUGCUCUGACCACCGCCAUUUUCCGCAAAGCAGGUGCUGUUUUCUACAUUAGAACUACGCAACCACAAUCACUAAUGCAUUUGGAUUCCUCUAACAAUAUUACAGGUCGCUGUAGAAAUCCUCACAACACGGCUUUGUCUCCUGGAGGAUCAACUUCAGGUGAAGGUGCUCUGAUUGCCUUGAACGGUUCACCCUUGGGGACUGGUAGCGAUAUAGGUGGUAGUAUCAGAGCUCCUGCAGCAUUUUGCCACAUCUGGGGAUUCAAGCCAACGAACAAACGUGUUUCCUUGAUGGGUGCAUUCGCCAGCUACCGUGACAUGUCGAACGACACCGUUUUGUGCUCUGUGGGACCGCUUGCAAAUUCCGCAGACGACUUGGCAUUGUAUAUGAAAACAUUUCUAGAUGCCGAGCCUUGGUUGAAGGAUAACUACAUUACUCGUGCUCCAUGGAGGUCUGACAUCGAUCUUCCAUUGUCUUCGUUGAAGAUCGGGAUUGUUUUCGAUGACGGAAUUGUGAAGCCAAGUCCACCGGUAUUGAGAGCUUUGAAGCUGGCGAAGGAAAGUCUCGAGAAAGCGGGAGUGGGCAAGUGUAUCGAAUGGGUGCCAUACCAAACCGCAAAAGGCCUAGAGAUUUGCAAUGUUGCUUAUAAUGUCGACGGCAAUUUCAACCAUAGAAGCAGAUACGAAGAGUCGGGCGAGCCCUUGCGUCCGCUAAGUGAGCAUCACAUGAGAUUUGGAUGUGGCGACAAAGGUGUCAGCACUCAAGAGCUGUUGCAGCUGAUCCACGAUCGUGACGAGUACCGUCAACAAUUCGCUGACGUAAUGAAUGAAACUGACAUCGAUUUCGUUUUGACACCUGCCUAUUUCGCACCAGCGGCCAUUCCCGAUAAAAUUAAAUACUGGGGUUACACAGCCCUCUACAAUAUUCUCGACUUGCCUGGCGUGAGUUUUCCGACCGGAUUGGUAACUGACCCAUCUCUAGAUGCCAAAGACACCCAAUAUGUGCCACGCAAUCCCCUAGAAGAGUAUGAAUAUCCUAUGUAUGACGAGACGGUUUUUGCCGGCUCGCCAGUGGGACUGACGCUGCAUGGGAGACGCCAUUAUGAUGAAGAAACACUAGCUGCUACGAAAUUAAUCCAGGAGAUUAUCUUCAAGGCUGCACAGGAUGCUUGA